UCAAAAACCCUAAAGACACCUUAUCGACUGCCACCACCACUCCAUAUCUCUCACCGCGCUCGUCUUCUUCUUCGUCGGUACCUGAACCUGGAUAAUGGCGGAAACUGAAUCGCCGGAGCUCAACUGCGUGUAUGUAGAUACGAACCUAGGCACUCAUCUCCUGAUUCUCGUUGACAACCAUGAAACCGUCUCCGAUUUCAAAGAGAAACUUUGCAAGGAGCAUCAUCAAUGUUUCCCAAAAUUUGGAGAAAUCAAUGUCUAUGCGGUUAAGGUUGACCGUCAGAAUACAAGGGGUCUCCUUUUCGAUUAUCACUUGCCAGAUUCUAUGUAUCUGAGUAUGGCUUUCGAGGGUGUCAGUCAUAACUGCUGGUUUGUGUCUGUCGAUGCCGCCGUGAGUGUGGUUGACAAGGCUGAGCUUAUGGAUGCUGAUGAAAAGUGCUCAGACCUUGAGAAGAACAAUGAGAUUGCGGCUUAUUCUCUAGCUUUAGAUGGAUAUACCAAGAAUCAGACUCUUGAACAAGAUUUGGGAGCUGAGAAGACGACAACAAAGAAGAGGAAGCAUGCUGGAAAAAGUGGGAAGAAACCUUCAGCUGAUCCCAAUGAUGAGAAAAAUAAGGCGACUGCAAGCGAUUCUCUGCUUUUAGAUGGGUAUACCAAGAACCAGACUCCUGAAGAAGAUUUGGAAACUCCAGUAGUUGAGAAGACGAGAAAGAAGAGGAAGCUGAACACUUUGGAUGGAGAAUCAAGUCUGAAGAAACCUUUGGUUGAUGUCAGUCAAUCUCCUGCUGCAGCUGCUGCUACGACUUAUGCUGAUGGGGGUCAUGAGUUAUGUGGAAAUGUUGCUUCUGAAUCUUCACCCAGAGAAAAACUAGAUGAUAUUAUUACGAAAACAACAGGAAAAGAGAUUGAGAUGGGUGAGAAAUCUGUCGAAGAUUUGGAAGGAGAUAAAACAGAGAACAAUGAUCUGGUCAGCCACCCGGCAGAUCUUUUGGACAAUAACAGUGAGUUGACAACCAGACCAGACACAGAGAAGAAAAAAAGGCGAAAGAAGAGAUCAGAAGAUGACAUCAAUCAAUCCUCUGCUGCUGCUACUGUGAGCGAGAUAAACGAACUUCCUGCAAAUGUACAUCCUGUUGAGGCAACUCCUGAUUCUCUUCUGAUCUCAAGAGGCAAUCCCCUUGCAGAAGCAAGUCAGCAAGAAAAUGAUAUGGCUGAGAAUUCUGUCGACGAUGUAGCAAGAGAUAAAACUGAAACUGACAAUCUAGCGAUUCAUCUGGACUCUAACAAAUUAGGGAAAGAGACAGAGAAAAGCUCAAACGAUGACAUCAAUCAGUCUUCCUCUGCUGCUGCUAAUAUAAUUUCAAGAGAUAUUGUGAAUCAGAUAAAUGAAGUCCAUGCAAAUGUAGAUCCUGUUGAUGCUACUCCUGAAUCUCUUCCAAUCUCAAGAGGAGAAAAUCUUGAUAUUCAUUUUGCAGAAGCAAGUCAGAAAGAAAAUGAGAUGGUUGAGAAAUCGGUUGAAGAUGUGGGAAGAGAUAAUACUGAAACUGACAAUAUGGCGAGCCGCCCAGAAAAUCUUUUGGAGACUAACGGUGGGUUGACACCCAGACCUGAUCCAGAGAAGAAAAAAAAGCGAAAGAAGAGGUCAAAGGAUGACAUCAAUCAAUCUUCUACUGCUAUUACAACUUCAAUGGAUAUUGUGAAUGAGAUAAAUGGAGUUCCUGCUAAUGUAGAUCCUGUCGACGCUACUCCUGCAUCUCUUCCUAUGACAGGAGGCACCUUUGCAGAGUCAAGUCAGAAAGGAAAUGAGAUGGUUGAGAAGACUGAUGACGAUGUUGGAAGUGGAAAAGCUAUACCAAGUGCUGCAGAGAAUAUCCAGACCGAAAACGUUGAAAUGGAUGAUGCUGACGAUGCUAAAUCUGUGAAGACUACUAAGAAGAAAAAGUCAAAAAGAACCAAGACCCCAGCUAAAGAAGAUACAAUGUUUGCUUCUGGUGCACAGAAUGUUGAAGCUAUCGAAGCCGUAGAUGGAGAAGGGACUGAUAAUGUUAUCAGAAAUGUAUUAGAUUCUUUGCAGGAAAAGAAUGAAACUGCGGGAAAUGUGGACACAACUGUGAAGAAAUCAAGCAAGAAAUCGAAGAAGAAACACUCUUCAAAAGUUGUAGAGUCCCAAGUAUUGCCAGUUGAAGUAAACAAUGCUGCCCUCGAGGAGACUCCCCUCAUCAACAACCCUAAAGACACUGAUGCAUUAUUCACGCCAGUUAAGAAAGAUGCCGAGAGUGAUGCUUCACUUUUGAAAAAAAGUUCUGAGAUUGCUGAGGAUAAUAGCCUUUCCAAGAAAAGUCCAAUAGGGAAGGUUGAUAUGGGAGAUAAUUUUGGUUGCAGCCCAAAUAAAGAGAAGCAAGAUCAAGUGGCUGGUGGAGCUAAAUCUAAAAAGGAGAAGAAGAAGAAGGGGCUUGAUCUUCAUCCAAGCGGUUGCAUUGCGGGGUCAUUGAACUCAGUGAGACCGAAAGAGAAAAAAUCUAGAGGUCAACAACCAGCUAGUUCGGGGAAAUCUAGAGGUCAACAACCAGCUAGUUCGGGGGCUAGUCAUUUGCAGUCAAGGGUUAAGACUGGACGCAGUGGAUCAGUGAAAGCUACUGUCAGCAGCAAGAAACAAGAGGUGAAGAAAAGCUCUAAACCGGUGGUGGCAGUGGACAAGAGGAAGACAAAUUUCUUUGAGAAUGCUGAGAAGUGUAAUUCGUCAGAGGAUGAAUAUAAAAAGACUUCUGAUGUCUCCACCAAAACACCAUCAGAUUAUUCAUCAGACAAUGAUAGUGAUGUGACUUCUAUGUCUAGGAAGCAGCAAGGAAGCAAUCUGGCUGGAGGAGCAAAUAAGUUUGAAGGGAGCCUACAAGAUUUGCUGAGAAGAUCAAGCAGUUACAAGAAGGCUUUAAUUAGAGCUCAGUCACAACCCGAUAUAGAUGAUGACUGUCCGGUAGAUUGCGUCCCGGAUAGCCAAGGCGUUUAAGUUUGGCCGUUUGGGUUAAGUGUUAAGAAACUGAGAAAGUGAUUGCUUAAAUCUUCGAAAAAAGUCACGGUUUUGCUUCUUUUCCGACAUUUUAUGUCUGAUCAGAAGAGUUAGUCACUGUUGCAACAUCUAUCCAUGUUUCUGGCUUUUCUUUUGUAAGCAUAUGUUUCUGGCUUUCUAUAAACCUUGCUUGUGUUA